AUGGAAGCCCUCGGCGCCGCAUCUGCCAUCCUCUCGAUCGCGACAGUUGGAGCCCAAUGCUCCGUUAGGUUGAUUUCAUUUGCAGCGCAGGUCAAGACAGCAUCCGAGCGAAUUACCCGCAUUGCAGAAGAUGUCUCCUUAAACACAAGCAUUCUACAGCAGGUGGGUGAGUUGAUCAAGCAAAGCAUUGAUGGUGGUGAACUGCCCGACCGCUGGGAGAAUGAAGGAGACCAAGAGCAGCAUUCGAUGGUCGCAGGAGAGGGUGCUAAGUCUACGGAAGCAAAGCAGGGUGUCUUCAAUACUUCGGGAUUGGAGACAACUAUGAAGAUAGCCACUAAAUGCAAGGAUAUAUUUAGCGGUCUGAACGAACGGUUACAGAACGCAAGUAGACAGCUGAGCAAUGGAUCGGGAAAGAUCGUUCGCGUCAAGCUCACCCGAGUGGAGAGACUAAAGUGGCCAUUUUUGCAGCCAGAGAUAGAUACAAUGCGCGACGAGCUGAAGGACGCCAGGGGGACGUUGACGCUAAUGUUUCAGGUUGCUAUGCUGGCCUAUUUGGGCAAGGCAAUGCAAAGGUAG